ACUUUUUAUUGCACAUUCCCACACAACAAAAGAAUUGCUUAAAUUUCUCAAAAUCCAUGAUUUACUAUUUUUAAUUUUUGUUAUAAAAAUAGAAUAACAAAAUAAAAUAAAAUAAAAUACUGUGCUCCAAAAAAAAUAAAAAUAAAAAAUUGAAAAAAAAAAACAAAAGUCCACCCAUUUCAUUCAGUGAUAGGAGGAAGAAGAAAGAGAGAAGAGGUUGUGUUGAAUCAGUGAGUUUCACCAACCCUCUCAAAACCAAUCCCUAGGGUUUCCUGAACCUUCGAGAAACCCUUAGAGGAGAGAGAAAAUCACCUCUCAUCAAUGGCGUCUACGAGCUCCGAUUUGAUCCGAUCCAUCGAAUCGGUGCUCGGAGUUUCAUUGGAUUCGCCGUCAAAUUCUUCUGCGAUUGUCAUUUUGACGACUUCGAUUGCAUUGAUUAUCGGAUUGGUGGUUAUUCUAUGGAGAAGAUCGAACGAUCGAGGUAAAGUUUGUUCGGCUUUUGUUGCUCCUAAACCAUUGAAGGUUGAACCUGAGGAAGAUGAGCUUGAAAUUGCUGCUGGUAAAACUAAGGUUACGGUGUUUUUUGGUACUCAAACUGGUACUGCCGAGGGAUUUGCUAAGGCUUUAGCAGAAGAGAUCAAGGCAAGAUAUGACAAGGCUUUAGUGAAGGUUGUUGACCUGGAUGAUUAUGCUGCGGACGAUGACCAAUAUGAAGAAAAACUAAAAAAAGAAACUUUAGCAUUCUUCAUGGUUGCCACUUAUGGAGAUGGGGAGCCUACUGAUAAUGCUGCUCGGUUUUGCAAAUGGUUCACAGAGGGUAAUGAGAGGGAACCAUGGCUUCAGCAAUUGACAUAUGGUGUUUUCGGCUUGGGAAAUCGUCAGUAUGAACACUUCAACAAGAUUGGAAAGGAUCUAGACGAAAAGCUCGUUGAACAAGGUGCAAAGCGUCUGGUCCCUGUUGGUCUUGGCGAUGAUGAUCAAUGUAUUGAGGAUGAUUUUACUGCUUGGCGGGAAUCUUUGUGGCCAGAGUUAGACAAGAUUUUGAAAGAUGCAGAUGAUACAAAUACUGUGUCAACACCAUACACAGCUGCUAUUCUUGAAUAUCGUGUAGUCAUUCAUGAAUCUGCUGUCACAACCUUAGAAAAUCAGUACAACACUAUGGCAAAUGGCAAUGCAGCUUUUGAUAUUCAUCAUCCAUGCAGAGCUAAUGUGGCGGUGCAAAAGGAGCUUCAUAAACCAGAAUCUGACCGCUCCUGUAUACACUUGGAGUUUGAUAUAGCAGGCACUGGAUUAACUUAUGAAACUGGAGAUCAUGUUGGAGUCUAUGCUGAGAAUUAUGAUGAAAUUGUGGAAGAAGCAGGAAAGCUAUUGGGUCAGCCACUGGAUUUGAUUUUCUCGAUUCACACAGAUGCAGAAGAUGGUACACCUUUGGGUGGCUCACUACCACCACCAUUUCCUGGUCCUUGUACACUUCGCUCUGGUCUGGCGCGAUAUGCUGAUGUUUUAACCUCUCCUAGAAAGGCUGCACUACUUGCUUUGGCUGCUCAUGCAUCAGAACCCGGUGAGGCAGAGAGAUUGAAGCAUUUGGCAUCACCUGAGGGCAAGGAUGAGUAUUCAGCUUGGAUUGUUGCUAGUCAAAGGAGUCUAUUGGAGGUCAUGUCUGAAUUUCCAUCAGCAAAGCCUCCUCUUGGCGUAUUUUUCGCUUCCGUGGCUCCUCGGUUACAACCGCGUUACUAUUCUAUCUCAUCCUCACCAAGACUAUAUCCAAACCGAGUUCAUGUCACAUGUGCCUUGGUUUAUGGUCCUACGCCUACAGGGAGAAUCCACAAAGGGGUUUGUUCAACUUGGAUGAAGAAUUCAGUUCCUUUAGAGAAAAGCCAGAAUUGUAGCUGGGCUCCAAUCUUUAUCAGAGCAUCUAACUUCAAGUUGCCGGCAGACCCUUCAGUUCCAAUAAUCAUGGUGGGACCUGGAACUGGUUUGGCUCCUUUCCGAGGAUUUUUACAGGAAAGACUGGCUUUAAAACAGGAUGGCGUCCAACUUGGUCCUGCUAUACUCUUCUUUGGAUGUAGAAAUCGUAGAAUGGAUUUCAUCUAUGAGGAAGAGCUGAACAAGUUUGUUGAAGAAGGAGCUCUUUCAGAGCUGAUUCUUGCAUUUUCAAGGGAGGGGUCUCAAAAGGAGUAUGUUCAGCAUAAGAUGAUGGACAAGGCCUCGUACUUGUGGAGUCUGAUUUCUUCUGGUGGUUACUUAUAUGUCUGUGGUGAUGCUAAGGGCAUGGCUCGAGAUGUUCAUCGAACUUUGCACAAUAUUGUUCAGGAGCAGGAGAAGGUGGACUCCUCGAAAGCAGAAUCUCUUGUGAAGAAAUUGCAGACAGAUGGACGAUACCUUCGGGAUGUGUGGUAAGCUGUAUCUAGGAGUUACCUUGUUCUCAUCUGAGCAGUAAUUACAGGGCUCUUUGAGCUCAAUCGACUCAUUUUCCAUCCAAACUCAAAAUUCCUACGGCAGAUGAUAGUGGAUGGUGGGAAGUAAGCUAUUGCUUACUCCACUUUUCUGUAUCUAUUGUCACCCUUUUUGGCUGACUAGAGGAUAGAACAUUGUCGAAUCUAUAUACAUUUAUUGUUUCUACAAUCAAAGGCUGUGUGGCGGUUGCAGAAGUUAUCAAGUUUACUCGCAAGAGAUUGUAGGUCAUUAGGAUACCCUUGAAAUCAUGAAAUGUAUUGUGCACUAUUGUUUAUCUAAGAUGAAGAAUAAAGCUUAUAAUUUAUGUUUAUAUAGGAAUUUAAUUUUAUGUAUUUUUCUUCAGCAAUUUGCCUUUUCAUCUUGUUCUGGUUUA